CACACCCUAUAGGCCUGUUUCUUCUUUGAGAGUUCAGUUGAUGUUCUAAUUAAAUUAGGCAAUUUCCCUCGCAGCCUCACUCAUGACCAUCCUAUGAUUCUGUUUCUGUCCUGUAAAGACCUCUGGAAAACGUUCAUCUCUGACUGAACCAGCUGCAGCUACGAGACUGAGAAUAAUCAUGCGUUUCUCAAACUUGCUCUUUAUUGCUAUUGUGACAUUAGGAACAUCUGAAUUCUGCUCUGCUGGACCUCUGCAUGCACAGUGCAAAGUCGAGUGGUAUUUCAGUCUCCCUUGUAGGAGUGUGUAUGAGGCUCUGGUUGCACAAAUUAAAAAGUGGAGGACAGUCUCAACCUGUGCCACGGGAGGCGAGAAAUGUCUCUACAAGUUGCAGUCUGCAUCUGUGCACUUCAUAUCAGCCAAACACACAACUCCAGUGAAGAAAUACGUUGAUGACAUCAACUUCAGACUCAUCUCCUAUGGAUUUUUCACACACUGCCAUGUAUCUGCCAUGUCAGUGUCAGAGACCUGGUAUGCUGUCACAGAUCACGGCACCAACUACUGUAACCUCUACAACUUAAUGGAAGGAAGUGGACUUACUGAAGCUCCAGGAUACAAAGAGAUCACCAGUGACUUCCUGUGCACCCAGCGCUCAUCUGCUAACUGUACUGUGUACUAGCUCGGAAACGAGACUUGUUAUGUGCACAUUUUUAUAUUAACUUUUGUGGCUUUCAAUUAUCUUUAUUAGAUUUGAAGGCAUAUGUAAUCUCCUUAAAAUUGAAAAAAUAAGAUUUUAACC